AUGUUCAACAGCGCAGGGGAGGGUGGCUGGUCCGCGGGCGCCGUGGGCCUCAGCAGCGAGGCUCUGGCGGCCGCCUAUGGGCUGCAACAUGGCCUGCCGGGCGACGACGACAGGAGGGCCAGCUCCACCAGCAGCGUGGGCGGCGAGGGCUUCUACAGCCCCGCCGGCAGUGUGCACGGCGGCGCCGCCGCCCGAGUCAGCCUGCCUGCACACGACCACCAGCCGCGAGUGGUGCAGCGCAGCCACGCGCGGUCCGUGCCCUCACCUCCCGGCGGCAGCUGGCAUCACGCAGGAGGCUCAGGCAGCCCCUCGCUCGCGCCGCACGGCGUGCUGUCUCCGCCGCCCAGCCCCACACACCACUCCAGGCUGGGGCCGGGUGGGUGGCAGCGCGACAGCCGCCACCCCGCGGCGCGUGCCGAGCAGGAUGGCGGCGACUGGGAAGAGCAGUACGGGCGCUGCCCGCCCAGCCCGCCCAGCCUCACCUUUGCUCCGCAGUACCAGCAAUACCAGGUGCUCGGCGGUACCGGCAGCCCCCAGCUGCUUGACCACCUCCCGCCGUCGCAGCAGGAGCAAGAGCAGCAGGAGGCGGAGGAGCAGCAGCAAGAGCGCCAGGCACAGCUCUCUCCAGACUCAGCGGCGCUGCUGGCAUCGGCUGCAGGCGCUGCCGCCGCCGCCGCCAAGCGCGCCAGCGUGCCGGCGGGCGGCGAGGGCAGGCAGUGGCGGGGGCAUGCCGCCACCUUCCACCAGCUGCAGCGCGUGCCGUCCUUUGGGUUUGCCCCGACCCCGGCGGACGGCAUGCAGCGGCGGGCGACCACCGGGCUGCCGCCGCCCCAGGACCCCUUUGCUGCAGCAGGGCUGGCCGCCGCCGCCGCCGCGGCGGCCGCGGCGACGUGCCAGCAGCUGGCGGCGGGCGAGCAGCAGCGGCGGCAGGCGGAGCAGCGAGAGGAGGAGCGGCUGGGGGCGGCGGAGGCGAGGACGGGCACCGUGUGCUUUGCAGAGGCGGGGCUGGAGAAGGAAUCAAGUGAGGGGAAGUGUGUGGGGGUCAGCGCCGAGCCCAGCAGCAGCGCCGCCAUCACUACCGAUGGCGACGAGCUGGGCCUGGCGGAGAUUGCGGCGGGACGGAAGGUGCGGUGGUACCAGCGCUGGAGCUUCUGGGGCCGCUUCCUCAGCUUCACCAUCAGCCUCGCUUUCUUCCUGACAGGCAUCGUCACACUGGUGGAGUGGCCAGACGUGAAGCUGGCCUGCUUCAACCUAUGGCGCUGGUGCUUCUUCCUGGGCUGCUGGCCGCUCAUCUACUGGGCCUCGGUGUGGGCCAUGUGGGCGCUCACACAGUUCUGCGAGUGGCGCCUGUUUGCCGCACGCACCGCCGUCUACUUCCUAGUGGGCACGCGCGGCGCGCUCAUGCUGGUCCUGCGCUCCUGCCUGGUGCUGGCCGCCUUCGCCGCCCUCUUCCAGACCCAGCCCAACCUGGACGAGGAUGCCGCUGUGCAGAAGGUCUUCCUCAUCAUCAUCAAGCUCCUGGGCUGCAUGGUGCUCAUGACUGUUGCCAACCUUGUGAAGAAGGUCCUCAUCAAGCUCAUGGCCACCCAUUUCCACAAGGAGGCCCACUUUGGGCGCGUGCAGGAGGCGCUGAGGAAGGAGUACUUUCUGUCUGUGCUGUCCCAGCCGCGGGAGCACCGCGACAGCGUGGGCAGCGAGGGGCAGGUGGCGGGCGGCGCCGCGCCGCACCCCAAGUCGUUUGCCAAGCGCUGGCUGAGCCGCCAGUUCCUGUCCAAGGCGCGGCGCGGGGGAGCGGGGCCUGCCCUGCGCGACAUGCCUGCUUGCCUGGGCAUCUGCCCGCUGAGAAGCAGCGGCAGGGGGUGUUGUGGUGUGGCGCUGAGCGUGGCCGCCAUGCACACGCUGCCCUCCAUGGUCCGCUCCUUCACCGGCCGCAGCUCCCUCCAGCGCAGCCAGUCUGACUCGCUGCUGGUGGAGGGCCGCCAGCUGUCCGACGGCUCGCUGGCGGGACCGGGGCGCGGCGGCGGUCCCAGCAGGCACAGCACGGCGCAGCACAGCACGGCACAGCACAGCGCAGCGCAGCGCAGCACCGCCUCCGCUUCCUUCCUCCCCAACAAGCCAAGCCAGGCGGCGGGGGCCGCGCUGGCCAGCAUCAGUGUGAUGGUGGGUGCAGGCGUGCAGCCCUCCUGCAGAAGCAUGCCCAACCUUCACACCUUGAGCAGCAGGCCCUCACUGCCGGCAGGCUCCCAGCGCCCCAGCCAGGCUGACGCUUGGCAGCACUCCAGCCAGGCUGAGGCGCAGCAGCAGCCCGGCGUGGGGCUGGAAGCAGGAGGGGUGCCGGCGGCUGGCCGGGACCCUCGGUGGUCGGACCCGCAGGCCGCGGCUGCGCCCGGGCUGGCGCCCCUGCAGCGGCAGCCCAGCCGGCUGGGACGGGCAGCCGGCGCUGGCGGCAGCUUCGGCGGAGAGGGCAGGGGCAGCGCAGAGGCGCCACCAGGCCAGCCGCAGCCGCAGCGGCAGCUGGCGGGGCAGCUGUCCCGCACGCUGAGCCCCACUGGCGCCGCCAUGGAGCAGGUGGCGGCGGCGGCGGCGCGCCCCGAGCUGCGCGCCUCCCUUGCCUCCCUCCAAACCUCUGCCCUGUCCUCGCUGCCCGCCGCCAGGCAGAGCUACGCCUUUCGGGUCACCUCCAAGCAGGGUUCGCUGGCCUCCCUGCGCUCGACGGGCGGCGGCGGCGGCAAGGCGGCACCGCCGCUGCAGCAGCUGCUCGACCUGGGCCACACGCGGGAGCAGCUGCGGGCGCGGCACCGCCGCACCUCAAUUGUGCAGAUGCCGCCUGAGGAGCUGGAGAAGAUGCAGCACAUUGAGAAGCACAUCCGCAAGAACCAGCUCAAGGCGAGGGCCGCUGGCUGUGCAGCUCUCACGCUUGUGGACCAUCUGGGCAACCUGAAGGACAAGCCAGGGGCCAACAGCAACGAGCAGGAGCGGUGCCACCUGGCGCUGACGCUGCGCGACGCCAAGUCAGUCAUCUCCAAGCUGGAGCGCCUGCUGGGCUGUAUCAUCCACACCCUCUGCAUCUUCUUCUACCUGGCCAUAUUCAACAUCGACGUCACCCAGGCCUGGCUCACCUUUUCCUCCAUCAUGCUCGCCUUCACCUUCAUCUUUGGCAACUCCAUACGCACAGUGUUCGAGUGCGUGGUGUGGCUGUUUGUGGUGCACCCAUACGAUGUCGGCGACACGCUGGUACUGACUGGCGAGAAUCACAAGGUGGAGGAGAUCACGCUGCUGAUCACGGUGCUGGCGCGCUGGGACGGCGCCCGCGUCUACUGGCCCAACUCGCGCCUCAACAACGAGCAGCUGUUCAACCUGUCCCGCUCAACCAACAAGAGCGAAGUGCUCAAGCUGUCUCUGGACCUGGUGACCCCGCUGGAGGUGGUGGAGAUGCUGCGGGGCGCGGUGGAAGCGCACCUCAAGGCCAACACCGGCGAGUUCACCGGCAGCAGCUCAGUCAAUGUGCGUGCGCUGGGUGACCCCAUGAAGCUGACUAUCGGCAUUUGGUACGAGUUCAGCCACAACGGGGUGGAUGCAGGCAGAUGCGCGCGGGCCAGGUCUGCGCUGUACAUGAUGGUGGCGGCCGCCCUGAACGCGGCGGAUGUGCACUUCACGCUGCCGCCCUUCCCGGGAGAUGCCGCCGCCGGGCGGGCGUACACCGCGCUGGAGAGGCAGGCAGAGCUGGCUGAGGGCAUGGGCUUGCCAGCCGCGGUGACCGGCGCGGCGCGCUGA